GCCUCGUGACCUGCAGCCAAGAAUGGAUGGAGGAGCAACGGAGCAAUGAUAUCCCGUUUGACUCUCCACACCUUCAAGAGAGACUCAAAGAGAGCACCCAGACACCAACUGGUGCCUCAGGACCUGCAGCCGAAAAAGGGUGGAUGAACAACGGAGAAAUGAUUCCCGGUUUGACUCUCCACACCUUCAGGAGAGACUCAAAGGGAGCACCCAGACGCCAACUGGUGCUUCAGAACCUGCAGCCAAGAAAGAGUGGAGCAGCAACGGAGAAAUGAUACCUCGUUUGACUCUCCACACCUGCAAGAGAGAUUGUAAGAUUGCACCGAGACGUCAACAGCUGCUUUGUGUCCUGAAGGCGAGAAUAGACUGUAGAAAAGAUGGAGCCAAGCUGCCCUGCAAUUGUACCAUGGGCAUCGUCAGUGGGUGACUCUCCACACCUUCAAGAGAGACUCUGAGUGAGCACCCAAUCGCCUACUGGUGCCUCAUGACCGGCAACCAGAAUGAUUUGGAGGAACAUUGGACAGUGGCCUCUUCCGAUGGUACUUCUGUGGCCUCUCUGUGCCUUCUGCCAGCUACCCCACUGCAGGAGACGGGAGGGACAGAUGCCGGGCAGAAGGAGGGCCUCGCCAGCACUGAGCCACUCGGACUCCAGCUCUAGGCAGGACACACUCCAGUGGAGCAAAGCUCAGGGAGCCAAGCUACAUCUAAAGCGAAUCAAGGGGCCCAGCUCAACUCUGACUAAAGGUGCAGUGGCUCAGAAACAAGCAGUUAUGGGUGGCUUUCAAACUACAGAACAGCUGUCCCAACCUGGUGCUAUCCAGCUCUGCGGGAUCACGAUGCUCGCUGGCCAGGGACUUCUGGUUGGAAAUGACAGGCGCUGCAGUCCAGACUGGGACACACAGCAGGGCCAACUUGAAACGUUUCCUUUUUCUCUUGAAGAGGUGGUUCUUUUGCCCUUGCAUCAACUCUUUCAAGACUACAGUCCUGUACAGAAUUACCUGGGAGUGAACCCUGUUGAGACAACAUCCAUGCCUGCCUCCAUCUCCGUGAAAAAGACAUGGGACGUUCUAUCCAAACACACAGACAUGGUGCUUUCUCUCUUCCUGUUUCGAGAUGACUUCUUAUUUGUUUAAACAACCCUCGGAUAUUGGAUGCGGCGUGCCACCUGCAACCUGACCCACAGACGGGGAGGAAGCAAACUGGAAGGGUUCGGCUGACCUACACGGAAGAGAAGCAGACUUCUGCGUGUGGCAUGACAAUGCAGUAUUGCGGGAAAGGUGGGCCAGGGACAGAAAGACCUGCAGCAGAUACUCUGAUACUGAACCUUGGUUUCUGUUAGCAUGGGUUAGUGAGUUGUUGGUUGCCAAGACUUGUGAACCGAGAACUGCGAGUGAACUAUGGGUCUGCAAAGAUCGUAAAAGAUAAGGCACAGCUAAUUGCUAGCUUGUGAGCUAUGGGUUAUUUAAAAUUCCCUUUAUCAGAAGACCCGGGUUAGGACAUCCGGCACAUGGUUACUUAACACUCAAAAAUCAUCAUCCUCCCAUUAUAUGAGUAUUAUGUUUAUUCUCAAUAUCCCAUUCUGCGUCAUUGCUGCACCAGUUUGUAGAUUCUGGGCUUUGCAUGUCUGCUCUGUCCGCUUCCAUUUUAUUGUGUUUGUUUCUGUGUUAUAUUUAUACCUCCCCAUUCUCCCAUUGUGGGGGAGCUUGCGAUUCUCAGGUAGCCGCCCCUCCAAGCUCAAGCCAGCCCCAGACUUGCUUAUCUUCAACACAUAGAUACAUUAUGUGCCUUCAGACCAUACUCUGGGCCAGUGUUAUAUUAUCCCAAUCUUCAUUAUUAUUAAAUAAAUAAAUAAAUCCGCUCUGCACCCGUUUAUAGAUUUCAGGCACUCCUCAAAGGCAGCCCUGUACAAAGCAGAUUAUCAUAGUCCAGUCUAUGACUAAGCAGGAAGCACUGCAGUUGCUAUCACUACUCACUGGGUUUGGUGAAUAGGUACAGUCAGUGUUUACCCUGUCAACUUCCUUCAGCCCUAAUGCCGGAUUUAGUAGAAAGGUUCACCUUGUGCCAGUGGCCUGAACAACCACUGUGGAACACCCCAGUCCCUCCGAGGUCUGUCCUGACUGAAUGUACUGCGUGUGUUUCUACUGUAAACCUCCAGCAUUCAGUAUCGCGCUUCCUCAAGCAGCAACAGGCAUUGACCAACACCCUGAUCAAGGAUUGGAGUUCACCCAGUAGAAAGCAGAAGUGGACAGCAGCAAAAGAAAUCCACGCUGGGCGAGGGGAGGAAGGAUAUGACAGGGCUAAUUCUGCCCUAACAGUCCAGAAUGGAAUUAAGAUGAAAUUAUAAAAGCCACGGACCCAACCCUUCUGCUGAGAUGGAAGCUGCCAGGAAAGUCCCUGGUGAUUUUUCAGAAGACAGGCGCCUUCAGAAUCAGAGAUCAGGUUGCCAGGGCCUUCAAGACUAAACUUUCGCUUGGCAAAACUCUGCACUUUGCCACCUCCAACCAAUCGAAGUCAAUUCCGAGAUGUUUGCUUCAAGGAGCACGCAUGACUUCCGAUCCUGAAUGGCUACUAACGUACCCCACUUCUUGGCUGGGGGCUAGGGGGGCUCCAUCCUCUGCUGAUGACGCAUCAUGGGGGCAAGAGCUGUACCUGCCUCAGCCGAGUCUGAGAAACCCCCUGCUCCAAGCCCCCUCCCAAUAGCUGCAUAUCUUGGUGAUUCCCAGAGGCCACCCACCCACCUGGGGAGUCUGGCCUUGAGCUAAGCAUCCCAGCUUCUCCUUCUCAGAGUCUCAGCUUGGCUUACAGGCUCCUUCCAGUUCCCCUUCGAUUCUGAUUCCACUAAAGUCCAGCCAGCAGCCCUUGAGAACGGACACCCAAGGCAGCCAUCUUUCUCUCUCUCAUCUUUCUCUCUACCUUGGGAGAGGUGGAGCUUGCAGAGAGCUCCUUGAGCCUGAGAAAUGGAGUCUUAGGAAGGGGAUAAAGAGAAUUCAACUUGGAGUCAACUUUUGGUAUGCAAAAGAACUAGCUCCACAGUUGGAGAGCAUUAAUUCGACAGCCAUCUCUUGUUAACUACCUUUAAGAUAAUAGAUAUUGUAGUUAGAAGCCUCCUGGCAUGAUCAGGUGGGAAAGAGAAAGGAGAGAGGCUGCGGGGAGAGAGGUGCCAACUCAGGACAAUCACCUGGCUCACAGCACCUGUCACCCAAGGCCUAAUGGUAAGACCAGCCCUGCCUCUCCCUCCCACUUUGCAGCUUUGAACCUAAAGUUUCCUGUUAAGCGAUGCUUAGGGAAGUGGAACGUGCUUUUCAAAAGUCUCGCCCUUUUUACUGCAAAGUGCUAAGAAAAGGAAGAAAAAUUCACCUCUGGGCCCAUUCAAGGGAAGGGGGAGGAAAAAAUAUUUCCUGUCCUGGUUGACUU